CAGGACAAAAAGGCACUUUUUUCUCCGCCACAACAUUCCUGCUGCUUUUUCUUUUUCCCUCUUCGUUUCUUUCAAGCAUGCAUCCAUGCUGGCCCAAGCGUGCAGCCGUGCUGCUGCUGCUGCUGGUGUGCGCCUCAGCGGACACAUCACCUCCAGCUGAGGUCUUACUCAACAAUGGAACUCUGUUUGCGGCCUGUAAGCUGAGACCCAGCUCCUCGCUGGCCCAGGGGUUGCCCAAAGUCUACGGCCAGGUCCUGUUCAAGCAGGAUUACCCCCAGGGGAAGCUCAAAGUCCUCCUCCGCUUCAACGGCUUCCCCGAGGGCAGCGAGCCCCGCGCCGUGCACAUCCACCAGUAUGGAGACCUGCAGCGCGGGUGCGAGUCCACGGGGGGACACUACAACCCUGGAGGGGUUCCUCACCCCAACCACCCGGGAGACUUUGGACACUUUGUGCCCCAGCUGGGCAAAAUCUAUGCCACGUUCGAGUCCGAGGCCACACUGUUCGGGGCUGUGUCUGUGCUGGGGAGAUCAGUGGUGGUCCAUGAGCGGAGGGAUGACUUUGGACUGGGGGGGGACGCUGGAAGUCUGCUGCACGGGAACGCCGGGCGCAGGCUGGGCUGCUGCGUUAUUGGCAUGACCACACCCCAGCUCUGGAAUGUCUACUUCCAGCAGAUCAGCAGGCGCAGAGUCUAACUAUUAUUCAUAGUGAAAGUGAAAGUGAUCCUACACUUAGUCUAAGUACAGUCAGUGCAUAAAGUGCCACUUUGCUACAUGAAAUAUAUUCACCUGCAGCGUGGAGUUCAAGUAUGACAAUGUUUGGAAUAAAUGACACAACAUGUGAGUUUGCCUCUGCUAGGGACCAUCUUGUAACAAUCCACAAAUGUAGAUUUUUUUAAAUAUCUACCUUGUAAAUGUUUAAAUCUUGCUCUAUUGUCUUUUCUCGUUUUCCCCCUUUAUCAUAGAAGUGAUGGACAUUCAACGACCCUACUUUUCGGGCUAUAGAGCGCGCCGUUUUUUUAAGCUGCACCCACCGAACUUUAGAAGAAGUCAAUAUUUUUACAUUAAUUACGAAAGAUUUUUGUCAGGUGCAAACACUGAUGACAUCUAUUAACCAGACAAGAAGCAAGGAAUUAGACAGAGACAGGAUUCAAUUUAGCUCAAUGAGGAGAAACGUCUGGGCUGUACUUGUCAUGUCUGUGUAAUCAUGUUUUGUUUUAAGUCAUGUUUUAGGACUCUUUAGUUUGUCUUUUCACUCCCUUGUCUUGUUUCCAUGAUUACCCCAUUAGUUUCACCUGUUCCACGUUUGGACUCAUUGUGCACUCUUGAUUGUCACUAUAGCAACCCAUUAGUUUUCACCUGUCACGUCACGCACCUGUUUCACGUCUUGAGUCACGCACCUGUUUUCGUUAAUCAUGUCUGUAGUAUUUAAGUUCAUUGUUUUCAGUUUGUCUUUCUGACGACCUCACCACAUUUAUGCUCUGUCCAUGCCUGAUACUUCUUUCCAUGUCCAUUCUCCAUGCAACUAUUUUUGUCCAAGCCAAGUAAGUUUUUGUUCCAUGUUUAUAGUCUUUUUGGUUUCAUAGUUUGUUCUCCGCCAUUGUGCGUGUUUUUCGUUUGUACUUUUUGCUAUAGUCUUUUGAUUUCAUAGUUUAUUCUCCGCCACUGUGCGCGCUUUCAUUUAUUCCUUUUUUUUUUGAUAAUAAUUAAUAAAUCAUGUACCUUCAUUCCCGUCUCGCCCGAGCCAACUUUCCGUUGCAUCCCGGAAAAGCACACACCCAAGACCAAGUCUUGACAGUACUCGUGUACAGUCUUCCACCACGCUCUUUCUUUGUAAUUCAAAACCGUACUCACUGAACUCUGCGUUCUUUCCUCUUGUCCUCGGUGUUCCCGUCAGUCUUCAGAUUCCAGCCUGGGUCAAGAAAAGCAGUUCCUCAAUCGGGAGAAUUUUGCCAUGGUCUUCUGGUUUCAGUCACCCUGCUGGAAUCGUCAGACGUGUUGGAAUCCGGCUCGAAGGACCAAGAAGAUGUCAGGUUCAAACGCGGAUGACAUCUAUUAAACAGACAAGAAGCAAGGAAUUAAACAGACAGGAUUCAAUUUAGCUCAAUGAGGAGAGCGCGUACACCUGUACUCUUGUACAGUGUCGUCCCACACGCUGACGAAAGGAUUGCACGCCUCCUCUUUUAUUUGGACUUUCCCUGAUUACGUAGCAAGAGCUGUUUUUAAGGGGAGAGGGGGUCGUAAACAGCUGUUGCCCUCGGUCACAAAACAGUUCAAAGAAAAGAUGCCUGGAGCUUGCGUCAGGUCCUGCUUCCUCUCCGCUUUGUAGAUCUCGGGUCAAGACAAGAUCUUCCUGUGGAUUACAAUAGAUCAAAGAAACCGACACCUUCAUGUCGCUUCCCAUCGUACACAGUGGCGUUUUACAAGCCUUUUGCUUGGUAAGAUCAAAGACAGCUUUUGUCUGCUCGCCGGGAACUUAUGGGAACAGAAAGUUUUGUGAUAACUUACAAUUAUUCUGAAAAU